AUGCUCUCAUUCUUUACAUUGCUACAGCUUUACAAUAGGGAUGAUAACAAACUGAUUCAAUGGGGCAGAUCUGCAAAGGCUGGCAAGUCAAAAUAUCCAAACAUCACGAUUCUGCAACAAUUCAAGCUCUACCUUGAUGACAACUUAGAGGGUGUGGUCAGACAAUUGCCACUGGACCUCACAGCCACAGAUAUCAUCGCUGACUACUUGGAAAAGUUCUUUGCCUACGUCAAAGUAGACAUGACCAAAAAGGGAUUCCAUCAGAACUUUGAAAAGCAAGCUCGUUUUUGUUUGACGGUGCCUGCCAUGUGGUCUGACAAGUCCAAGCAAAUCAUGAGAGAUGCUGCGAUUCAGUCUGGUAUCAUCAAUGCCUCGGAUCAUCGUGAUCGAUUGAUGCUCAUCUCUGAGCCUGAGGCCGCUGCCCUUUACUGUGAAAGAACCUGCGACAAGUUCAAUAUGCAACAUGGAGACGAGUUUAUGAUUUGCGAUGCUGGUGGCGGAACAGUGGAUUUGAUUGUGUUUAGGGUUGAAAUGGAUGCAGCUGGAAACCGAAAGUUCAGAGAGAGUACAAAGGGCUUGGGUAAAUCUUGUGGCUCCACCUUUAUUGAUAGAAAUUUCAGAAAGCACCUCAGAAAAAAGCUGAAAAAGGUAAUUCGACGAUCUCCUAAUGGUGCUAUCGAGAUUCCAGAUGCUCCACUGGACCAUAUGAUGGACAUUUUUGUUGACAAUUUGAAGCCUUUAUUCGACGGCACUGACGAUCUAUACUCUGACAUUUCCAUGGGCUUUGAUUUGGUUACAAAAACUGAGCCUUCCAUCGGACUAGAUGAAGGCAACAUGACAUUUACGAAAGAAGAACUGAAAAAGCACGUAUUCGAUCCUGUCAUCUCUGAAGUCGUACAGCUCUGUCGUGAUUUACAAAAGGACACAACCAAUCUCAAAGCAAUAUUCAUGGUUGGAGGCUUUGGUUCUUCUGCCUAUCUUUACAGUCAGAUGGAAAAGGAAUUUUUGCCCGAGAAUAUCAGAAUUGUGCAACCAGAUCGUCCUGAAAUGGCUGUGGCUCGAGGUGCUGUCAUCUUUGGUAUGCAUCCCUCCAAAAUUGCCACUCGUAUACCCAGAUUCUGGUAUGGCAUUGAAAUCACCAACAUCUUUGAUCCAGAAAUCGAUCCUAUUGAGUACAAGGUUGUGAGACCAGAUCGCAGUGUACGCUGCGAUAAUAGAUUCUCCACUUAUGUAGAACGCGGAAAGCCUUUGGACAUUGAUAGCUGUGUUUCUCGUAAUUAUACCACCUAUUACCCUAGCCAUACAGCCUGUACUUUCUUCGCCUCAGAUAGCGAUACGGAGCCAAGAUAUACCAUCUCCACACCAACAACUAGUGUACGAAAAGUGUUUGACUUUGAAAUCCCAAUGCCUGUUCUGCCAAACGUCAAACAUGGUGAUCCUGUACCUUUGACAAUUAAGAUGUACUUUGGUGAAGUCGAACUCCGGGUUGAAGCCGUCAUUGAUGAUCAGACGUAUGCCGUUGUCUGUAAUUUUAAUGCAUAA